ACGUGAUUGUUGUCGCAACGAGUUCCGCGACGGUGGACGAGCCGAACGCACGCCCGUUAUCAGAGAAAUAAGUAGAGGUCUAUACUUCUAAGGAACGUUUUUCAAUUGAGGCAAUCAUCUCGUUGAGCGUAAACAAAUCAGUAUCUAUAUCAAUCAUGCGAAGGAAAAGCACGUUAUUGUGCUUGGCGGCACUGAUAGCGGCGGUUACUUCUGCUGCAGUCUCUACUCAGGAAACGCUAGUAAUAGCUAGAUCUGAAGAUGAGAAUACAACUCCUACUGAAUUGAUAUCGGAGGAGCCAACAACAGAAGAGCCCAUAGUUCCAAUAAAGUUAACAGAAAUGCGAGUUCACUCAGAAAUAGCACUACGAUAUGCUCACACGUCCGUGGUCACAACGGUUCGGAACCGAGCCAGACGAGCACAGGAGGCCUUCUUCCGCAUGCUUCUUCCGGAAACGGCGUUUAUCAGUGGAUUCGUUAUGACCUUAGAUGGAAAGUCUUAUAAGGCAUAUGUUAAGGAGAAAGAAGAAGCAAAACAAAUUUACAAUGAGGCUGUGUCCCAGGGCUUCGGGGCUGCACAUAUAUCUGCAAAAGCAAGAGAUUCAAAUCAUUUUAUGGUGUCAGUAAAUGUUGAAGCAAAUACAACAGCCGUCUUCAACCUAACUUACGAAGAACUACUAGUCCGUCGUAAUGGCGUAUACAACCACGAUAUCAAUCUGCAUCCAGGUGCUUUAGUACCGAAAAUGAAGGUUACAGUUCAUAUCCGCGAGACAGAGAAGAUUACCAAAUUGAGAGUGCCAGAAGUUAGAACCGGUAAUGAAAUCGACGCAACUGAGCAAGAUGCACAAAAUCCCAUAGCUCUCAUAGACAGAGCUCACGAUGACCGGGAAGCCACUAUAACGUUUAAACCAAAUCUUGAGGAACAAAAACGACUUAUGGAAAUAUAUUCGGCUAAGUCGAAGGAAUCUGCUUCCAACAGACCUUACUAUUAUGGCAGAAGACCUGAAGAAGAAAAGAAAGAAGAAGGAACAAUCGGCCAAUUUGUAGUGCAGUAUGAUGUAGAUCGUUCAAAGAACGGUGAAGUUUUGGUUAACGAUGGGUAUUUCGUACACUUCUUAGCUCCCAGUUCACUUCCUCCUCUUAAGAAACACGCAGUUUUCGUUCUCGAUACAUCUGGCUCUAUGAUGGGGAGGAAGAUAGAGCAGUUACGUGAAGCGAUGCAAACUAUCUUGGACAAGCUUAAUCCUGGAGACUAUUUUAGUAUUAUUGAGUUCAAUUCGAAUGUUGUGGUUCAUAGCUUGCAAGAAGUUCUUCAACCAAAAAAUGAAAGUCACACUUACUACAACUACCGCUACGAGCCGCCGACCCUAGUACCACCGUCAGAAGCUACAGUUGAAAAUAUUAUUAAAGCUAAAGUGAUUGUUUCAAGAUUGCAAUCAUACGGCGGUACAAAUAUAAAUAGCGCUCUUAGUGUAGCUAUUGACUUAAUUCGAAAAGGGGUAAAUUGGGAAGUGAAAGAAAACACAACGGAAGUCGCUGCAACCACUGUCUCGCCAACAACUACGGUCAGCGAAGAGAAAGCUGCAGAUGACCCCGUUGAUACCGAUAAAAAUGAUUUGGAACCCAUAAUUAUUUUCUUGACGGACGGAGAUCCGACUGAGGGAGAGACCAAUACAGCUCGCAUCCUAACUCACCUUUCUGAAAAGAACUUUGGGGAGAAGAAGGCUUCUAUAUUUUCACUCGCUUUCGGCGAAGACGCUGACCGCAGUUUCUUACGCAAAUUAUCUUUAAAGAAUGAGGGUUUCAUGAGACAUAUUUAUGAAGCAGCUGAUGCAGCUUUACAGUUGCGCGAUUUCUACCAACAGGUGUCGUCGCCGCUUCUAUCUAACGUUAAAUUCACAUAUCCCAAAGAUCAAAUAAAGGAGGGUUCUCUAACUCGUAGCAAGUUCCGCGCAGUGUAUGAUGGGUCAGAAGUGGUGGUGGCGGGCCGUGUCGCUGAAGACGUGUCAGAGAUCGAUACACACAUCAUAGGUAUCUGCGGAGUCUCCGAUGGACCUAGCAGGAAAAAAUACGAAAUAAUGCAUAAAAUCCCCGUUUCACGUGGUAAGAACGAGUACAUGCCGCUAGAACGUUUGUGGGCAUAUCUCACUAUCAAACAGUUGCUGGAUGAAAAAGAAAUCUCCGAUGCAGACAUAAAGGCGGAAAAUACACCAGAAAAGAAAGCUUUACAAAUAGCCCUGAAGUACGAGUUCGUAACACCAUUGACUUCGCUGGUUGUAGUUAAACCCAAUGCCACUAAAUCUGCCGUUAACGCCGAAUCCGUGGAUUUAAAACCAAGUUUUGAUUUCGCAGAUAAUAAUGGCCCGCAAAAUAGUAUUAUCCCUCUAUCGGGUCACUUCAUGUCUUCUCUCACCUUAUCUCGACCGGCUUCAUAUCAAUCUCUAUACGGUCCACCCGCACCUUCGUUUCAAGCGGUAGCAGAUGCAUUUGAAGAAGAAGAUCUAGAUUAUGGUAUGGCACCGUUUAGCUUGAACUCUCAUCGAAGUGUUUUUCCUAAAUUAUCACAUUUGUCCACAUCAUAUUCAGAAGAUUUUUUCGGAUACCCGAUGCCUCAGCAAAGUAUAGCUGAGCGAUUUGAAUACGCAUCAACAACAUUCAGCACUCCUCCCUUAUCGCCCUUGAACCAAUAUAAUUUAGAUGAAUAUCCUUGGGCUCAAGACCUCAUCAACGUUACCACAGAUAUGCUGGAGUUAAUGGUCAAUGGUACACAAGUGAACCUAAAGAUAACCAAAGCCUCACUGGUCCCCACUACAAGUGGAGGCGAUGCACAAUGUGGAAAAUCUACGGACGCUUCUACGGGUGUCUGUGUGUAUGUGACACGCUGUCGUUCAGCCAAGCCAAUCAGUUCUGUUCAGUACGCUGAACUCUACUGCAUUGUUGGCGACGGUUAUGCUGGAGUUUGCUGCCCGAGCGGAGAGGUGGAUAAAAUUGGAAGCAAUUAAUUUUUAAGAUAUUUAUGUAAUUAGAUAUCUAUAAACACAACAGUGAUAAUAAUAGGUGCUAACUUAAUAGUGCGAGCGUAAUUUGGAAACUGUAUAAUGAUACAGACAUGGAGUAGGUAUAGGUAAAUGUACUCCGUGUCUGUAAAAUUUCUAAUUUUACUCUUUGUCCUAUACAAUUUUUCUACUAUGAUGCUGUUCUAAAGCAUAGCCUAUUAAAUUGUCAACGAAAAAUUUGUAAAUACAUAGUAUCAGUUAUAUAAUAAAAAAAUAUAACUUCCGUAUGGAAAUUCUAAAUUUAUAGUUACACCAAGACUCAAGUAUACACUUAGGUACUAUUAUGUGAUAAGAUAACUACCUAAAUAAUAAGCGAACAAGGAUUUCUUUUUGAAAGUGAUUAUGAUUUUAUUAAAAUGUUUUUAUGGAUA